GGUUAACAUGGCAACACCUUGUACGAAGAAUAAAUCGUAAUAUAUUUUUAGAGGACCUUUUCGGUGACGGACAUACCAUCUAUGAUAGCGACAACGCGUUGGCUUCAUCACUCAACUCGGUGAUAUCUUUCAAACAAUGAUGGUUUGGUGGAUUCCCAGCCCACUGCAGCCUCGUCCGUCAAUCACCUCCAAAAAUAGAAGAGAAGCAGUCUGAUAGCACCACUCUCUCUCUCUGAGUGGUGUGGGUAUGUGUGUGGAUACGGCUCGACUGCUGUGACACUAAUACCAAGUGCAAUCAGAAAGCAUGCAGCAGAAUUCCCAGUGAGAAGAAGAGGAACCUUUAACCACUGAAAAGUCCAAGCCAAACAUUGUCCACGAAACAAUGGCUGGUUCUUUCCUGAGUGCUCACCGCUGCCCCCAAGUGGACCUGCCGCUGCAUCGCGGCACUCAGAUGCCACCGCCGCGUUUGACCAGCUCUUGUCUCAUCGCUUCCUCGUCCAACUCCGGCGAGGAAGACGAGCGAGGAAGCGGCAGCGACUGGUCGGAAGACGACCUGUCCCUUCACUUCUCUGCAUCGGUCAUCAGCCCGUCCAGUGACGAAGAGUCUGAUCCGGAAAGCGGCGUUCGAUGCGUGACUCAAGGCAAAUGUCCGAUUCAAGUCAAAAAGCUAUUUUGCCCCACUGUCCAUCACCGCUCAGAUCUGUUGCUACGGCAACAUAGCAUGCCAGCGACCCCUCAAAGCGGCGGAGGAACCCGCCAAGGCGACAACUCGGCACCACAACGACUACGGAAAUCCUUCUCUUUGGAUGAAAGCAAAACCAAGAUGGCCUCCUGCAUCAUCAACAGUGUCCUGUCCAAGAAGAUGCAGGAGCAGUUUGUCUCCUCAGAGGCUCAAAACUCUUCAGCCGGAAGGGCGGAGGAAGAUGUGCUUCAAAAUACACACACCUUCUCCGCCAGCAGAGCUCCGACAACCGUCCGGGUCUUUGGUCGGGAGGACAAACCACGUCCAAAUUUGCAAGUUCUACAUGGAAAUAAUAAGGCUUCCACAGGACAUGUGACCAAGAUGGCUGCCUGUUUCUCCAGAGUCAAGUUCAUCCCAGUUAGGAAUGUGAAGGAUCUUGCCGUUAAACCUGCAGAGUCCAGCCAAACGGAAAGAACCAGAACCCACGUCAGUGACCAGGCUGCUACGUCCUUUCCUCAGCAGACUGUCACUGCCCAGGAACAGAACUGCAUUCUGGGAGUGUCCUCACGUCAUGUCCCUGGUGUUUAUACUGCCUUGCCCACUUCGUGGUACCCUCACCUGGGCCAGGUACGCACCACCCAGACCCUCCCAUCAUCUAUGAGCUCCACCCACACCAUCCCACCAUCUAAGAGAUCUAUCCAGACCCUCCCUCCACCCAUGAGCUCCACCCACACCCUCCCUCAAUCCAUGAGAUCCACCCACACCUUCCCUCCAUCCACGAGCUCCACCCACACCCUCCCUCCAUCCAUGAGCUCCACCAACACCUUCCCUCCAUCCAUGAGCUCCACCCACACCCUCACUCCAUCCAUGAGUUCCACCCACACCCUCCCUCCAUCCAUGAGCUCCAUCCACACCCUCUCUCCACCCAUUAGCUCCACCCACUCCCUCCCUCUAUCCAUGAGUUCCAACCACACGCCCCCUCCAUCCAUGAGCACAAUCCACACCCUCCCUCCACCCAUGAGCUCCACCCACUCCCUCCCUCCAUCCAUGAGCUCCCCCCACACCCUCCCUCCAUCCAUGAGUUCCAUCCACACCCUCCCUCCAUCCAUGAGUUUCACCCACUCCCUUCAUCCAUCCAUGAGUUCCACCCACAUGCUCCCUCCACCCAUGAGCUCCAUGCACACCCUCCCUCCGCCCAUUAGCUCCACCCACUCCCUCCCUCUAUCCAUGAGUUCCAACCACACUCUCCCUUCAUCUAUGAGUUCCAUCCACACCCUCCUUCCAUCCAUGAGUUUCACCCACUCCCUUCAUCCAUCCAUGAGUUCCACCCAAACCCUCCCUCCAUCCAUGAGCUCCACCCACACCCUCCCUCCAUCCAUUAGCUCCACCCAUAUCCUCCCUCCAUCCAUGAGCUCCACCCACACCCUCCCUCCAUCCAUGAGCUCCACCCACACCCUCCCUCCAUUCAUUAGCUCCACCCAUAUCCUCCCUCCAUCCAUGAGCUCCAUCCACACCCUCCCUCCAUCCAGGAGUUCCACCCACACGCUCCUUCCAUCCAUGAGCUCCACCCACGCCCUCCCUCAAUCCAUGAGUGCCACCCACACCCUCCCUCAAUCCAUGAGUUCCACCCACACCCUCCCUCAAUCCAUUAGCUCCACCCAUACCCUCCAUCCAUCUAUGAGCUCCAUUCAGACCCUCCCUCAAUCCAUGAGCUCCUUCCACACCCUCCCUCCAUCCAUUGGCUUCAUCUACACCCUUCUUCCAUCUACGAGCUCCACCCACACCCUCCAACCGUCCAUGACCUCGAUCCAGAGAUCUCAGCCUGAAGAAGUCGCUGGCCUCAGCCUCUUCAGUAGCUCCGCCCCCGGACACCUGAUGUUUGAUCCUAAACACCAGCAGUACUUUAGUGUGCAGAAGAAGAUGCUGAUUGACCUGGAAACAGGUCAAUACAUCCAGGUCGUUCUACCUGCGCCGAUCUUCAGUGCGGACAACACGGACCCCGUCACCCGGACCCCCCCUCUACUUCCUGCCGUGCACGUGCACCCGCUGCACGCCAGCACGCUCAUCUGGCCGAGUCAGCAAUAUUACAGACAGGAAAAGGCAAGCCAGUGAAGAUAUUUACAGUCCAAACUGAAAUGCAUGAGACAUUCUGCAUGCUAAAGUGAUGUCACCUAUCUACAUGAUUGGAUGAUUCAUCAAAGUGACCACUAGGGGGCUCACAGUACUAAUACACAACAUGCAGUACAUUUGUACUAUUUGCACACAAGAAGUAUACUGUAGUGUUAUUUCAUGUUCUUU